AUGGCUCCGGGAUCUUCUACCGGAGCCCAACUUGGGCUAGACAGCAGAAAGCGAAAGGCCGACACGCCGAUAUCGAAUGGCCGCAGGGAGAAGCGCUCUGUGGUUUAUGCUGCGCGCAGCAUCCCUGCACAACCCGCCGAAGCUGCACUCAAAGAUGGCGAACUUGAUCUCCAGGCUUUUGUGGCCGCCCACGAGUUCGAGAUUCGCGCCCUCGAACAGAGCAUGGCCACAUCGAAAGCUGUUGCUAGCAGUCGUGCCUUUCAGAAGGUACCCAGAGGGUUACGCCGCCGCACGGCAAGUCACAACCCCAAGCGGGUGCCUCGUCGGCUGAGAAAGCGUGCGCUUAAAGAGAUGAAAGACGACAAUACUCCGGUUGUCGAAGCCAGAAGGAGGAAACCCAGAACAACGCGAGCGAAGAUAAGAUCCGAAACAGCACGAAAAUUGGGAAUAUUGGCAGCGAGGAAACGGAAGGCUAGCCUGGCGAAGGCGAAGGCGAAGGCGAAGCAGGAUGCAGAUGUCAGUAAAGACAAAGCACUAGCUGUAAUAGGAAGAGCACCGAGACCAAAACUUCGACGAAACGAACUCAACGAACCUCCAAAGCCAAAGUCCAAGUUCCGCAAGCGCCAACUGAACAAAACAUGGUUACCAACACACUCGUGGCAUGCGAAAAGAGCACGUAUGACUGAUCCAUUGGAACCUUUAUGGCGGUUCGCUAUCCCAUUGACACCAAACGAAAAGAUAUACCGACCUACACAUCGAGCACAGGGCGACAGAGGCGCAGUUGUAUGGGAGAUGAGCUACAUGAGCACAAUUGGGCUUUACGGCAAACGCGCUGGUAUAGAACGUGUGCUGAAGCGGGCAGGGGUUGUUCAAGAUUCAUGUUGGAACGACAAGGGAAAGAAGUGGAGGAUCGGAACCCGCUCAUGGACUGGUGUUCUAAGUCGAGAAAUUCAAACGGGGCAGCAGAAUCAUGGCGACCGAAAGAUGAUCGGACCAUGUACUAUCUUAUGGAACCCCGAACCACCGACACAAGAAGACAACCAGGAGCUUAAACAAGAGUCGAGACAGGUCUUCUUGAGAAUCCACCCAUCGGCCUUCCUCGAGCUGUUUAACGAGUUACUAUCUUUGAUAAAGCAGGAAAACCCUCGUCUUUACAUCGAAGAUCUCCGAUUUGAGAUUGGAAGCUUAGACUUGACAGGACCGGGAUCUACAGAAGCUCUACUAGCUAUAUUACGUACUUAUCCCGUAAAGGAUAAGACGAAAUCGGAUCAUACUGAGAUCUUUCAAGGGCUGGCUGGAUUGACAAAUGCAGCCACUCUCCCUGCUGGCGCGGUAUUGGGGUUCUCGGUGCAAGAUCCUCGUUUUCAAUAUCCUCCAAGGCGUCUGGAGGUCCCUGAAGACCCCGAUUCGCAACUCCAACUCCUCGAAAAGAUAGCGUCGUGGUCGGCUGAGGAGAAUUUGAAACCAUAUGCCAUUUUCGACCGCGACAUUCGCCAUGCUGCGUCCUGCCUCCCUUCACAGAAACAAAUCGACAGACGAAAAGCAAAAAAUGCUCCCGGGACCUCCGUGAAACUUAAAGCAGAUGACCCCCCCAUCCCAGUCAUCCUUCUGGCUUCCCGCACAGAUACAGGCACACAGACUCAAGGAACAUGGACUCUGCUUGCCCCAUGGAAGUGCAUACAGCAUCUCUGGUACUGCUUGGUGCAUUGUUCCCUUUCUUCAGGGGGCAAUCCACGAUUCGCAGGUUUGAACGAGAUCCGCCAGGUCGUCUUCGAACGAGGGCAGACUUGGUUUCCCGCGGAUUUCCCUGGAACCAAGGCUGGUGCUGCAUGGGAGCUUGAGGAGCGUCGGAAAAGAAAGGCAGCCUGGGAGAAACGACCGAAGAGCAAGAGAACCGCCUGGGAAUCACUCGACCUGGGCGGCGGGAGGAAGGGCGAGGUCGGAGAUGGGUUUGCUAACGAUUUUGAGCUAUUAUUCAAUACAGGGGAUUCGCAAGGAAGCGAAGAGAACAAUACUGAGGACACCAUGGACUUGGACCAGUACGAAGAUCCAGCUUCAACACAAGCACCGAAACAACAAGAGCCGCCCAUUUACCAGCUGCGCCAAACCUCGAAAGAUGUUUUCAACCAAGCCCUCAAUUCUCCGUCUACCCCUUCACCAAUACCAAGAAACGCUCUUCUUGGCGUCCGUAUAUCUCUUGUCUCUAGGGGCGUGGUCACCUCCUGUGCUCGCAUCUACCGCCUCCCAUCUCGUCCUACCACAGCGCCACAGUCCUCCGAAGCCGAAGUCCCGGCCACUAUCCCCCCGGGUUCAUUACCUACACCCUUCUCUCUUCCAUAUGAUCUCCGGUCCCAGUGGCUUUCUCAGGCUCGGCUGUCUCUGUCUAAAAAGAACAAAGCAUCCAAAACUUCGACGCCCCGCGACUUGGAUUCUCUGAAGCGUCAACUUGCCGCUGAACUCGUCUCUAAACCUGCGCCUUACCCCUUUACAUCGGCUAACAAAUUCGACAUGAACGGCCAUCCCCUUGUUCCGAAUGUCGAAGAUCUCAUUGGCUUCGUCACCACCGGAUCGUUUAGCCUAAGUGAGGGUCACGGUAUGGCCAUUGGUUCCAUCGCGAUAGACAAGGUUUUAGACGAUGUUAAGGAAAACGCAAAGGAAGGUCGAUAUUGUAUAGUUCGAAAUGCGGGCGAAAGCGUUGGGUGGCUCGCGAAAUGGGAAGCUGUCUAA